AUGGCACGACCGUUGGAAAAGAUCUCUGAUAUUAACGAUGAAAAGGAACUUUGGAAAGUUGCUGUUAAAAUACAUCACAAAUGGAGUGUCAUCUCUAACAACAAAGAACAUUUCGAGAUGGUUGUUUAUGAUUCUGAGGGAAGUGAUAUUCAUGUUAUCGUACCUCCCGUUUAUAGGCAGAAUUUUGAUUCGCUGUUUGUUGUUCAUGAUACUUACACUAUUGCAAACUUCCAAGUUCAGCUGAAUGAUCUGCUGUUCAAACCUUCUGCUCACAAGUACCUCCUUAAAUUUACUGGUGGGACAAAAGUUGGGGAUAGAAAUGUACAUCAGAUUCAGGAAAAGGCUUGCAGGCUCACUCCUUUCCUUGAUAUUUUAACUGGGAAAUGGAAUAAAGAUCAACUUUUAGAUGUUAUCGGAGUGGUUGAUGAAAUUGGGUACACACAGGUCCAGGUGGGAAGUAAAAAGCAACAGGUCAACUUUGUCAUUCGCGACUUGAGCAACAACACUAUAACGGUUACGUUAUGGGAGGCGUACGCGUUGCAGUUUAUCAACUACGUUGAACAGCAGGUCGAUACUGCAAUUCCUGUUGUGAUUAUGAUUCAAUAUGCCAAAGUCAAAGAAGCUUUUGGCAAAUAUCCUCUAUCUGUUACCAAUACUUACAAUGUCACCAAAGUGUCUAUUAAUGAAGACAUGGAAACAAUCAAACAAUUUGCUAAAAUGCUUACACAGGAUACUAUAGUGGCUGUCUCGGGACUUCGCAGCCAGCAGUCUCAGGGAAGGUCGCAAAACUUAUACAGUUCUCGCCAAUCACCUACCCAAAAAUUGUUGUCUAAUGCUGUUCUUCUUCCUCUUGAGCAAAUCGUUAAACUCAAAGACGCAUGCCAUGAAUGCCCGAACAAAGUGACUGGUGAUAAACCUCCCUACAAGUGUGUCAAGGGACAUGACACUGAAACUGCCAUUUUCAGGUAUAAAAUAGAGGUGGGUGUUCUUCAUGCUGGUACAAAAUGCAAGUUUGUUUUGUGGGACAAGGAGAGUGAAGAACUAUUGGAAGUCUCGGCUGCUCAUAUGCGCGAAACCAUGUUUCAGGCUGGAAUAUUUGAUCCCCUCGAUUUUCCACUGGCACUUGACAAGCUCCUGGAUCAGGAGCUUGCCUUCAAAGUCAAGUGGCAACCAGAUUGGUCUAAUUGCUCGGUCAUCAUGUUAGUGAAAGAGAAACCUAUUGUGGAUCAACUAAAAGCUGAAUGGGUGGAUGCAACUACAGUUAAUACACAACAGCUUUCCGCCCCUGUGAACCAUAUCAAAGAGAGUGUUGAUGAGGCUGUUCCUAUUGAUGAUUCAGACAUCGUUACGGAUCCUGAAAUAACUUCCAAAUUGCACGGUGAACCACUCACACCUACGGCUAAAAGACAGAGCCCCGAUCCAUCCAUUGAAUCUACAGGUCAUGCAACACACAGUGAAGGAGAUUUGUCUUCCACUAAACUUAAGAAACCGACCAUAAUCACUAGGAAAUUGGUGAAGAUUGAAAAAUAG